CAGGAGGCGCCUCGCCCUCCGCUUGCGACAGUUCCCUGUAGCUGCUGGCUCUUCCCUCUCGGCUGACAGUAGGGCUCCCCCGGGGGCGCUGUACAGCGAGGCUGGCUUUGGGCUCCGCAUGAUCUGCCGGCCCCUCUUCGCGUUGCUGGAGGCGGCCGUCCUGCUGCUGGGUGCGGGCACGGCGGCCGCCACUUCCCACGUCCUGCGUUAUUUCUUCACCGGCGUGUCAGAAUUGGGCCACGGCCUGCCCCGGUUUGUCAUUGUGGGCUACUUGGAUGAUCAGCAGUUUGUCCACUACGAUAGUGAUUCCCGGAGGGACUUGCCACGGGGUCCCUGGAUUCAAAAGGUGGAGGAAGACGAUGCCCAGUAUUGGGACUGGCAAACUCAACUUUCCCACAGCUGGGAGCUCUACUUCCAACUGAGCCUCUGGAACCGCUUCAACCACACUCCGGGGUUUCACACCUGGCAAUGGAUGCACGGUUGUGAGUUACAAGAAGACGGACGUAAAGAUGGCAAAUCUCAGUUUGGCUAUGAUGGGGCAGAUUUUCUCAGCCUGGACAAACAGACCCUCACCUGGACAGCAGCUGACUGGCGGGCCCAGGUCACCAAGCGGCGGUGGGAGGCCGAUCAGGUGUGGACCCAAGGCCGGAAGAAUUUCCUGGAAGGAGACUGCGUGGAGUGGCUACAGAAAUACCUGAAUUACGGCAAGGAGUCCCUUCUCAGAAAAGAACCUCCAGUGGUGACAGUCACCCAGAAAGGGAGCUACGACGGACUGGAGAUCCUCAUCUGCCGUCUGCACGGCUUCUACCCCAAAGAGGUUGACGUCACUUGGAGGAAAGGUGGGGAAAUCUUGGAGCAGGAGACCUUCCGAGGUGGGAUCACUCCCAAUUCAGACAGGACCUACCACACCUGGCUCAGCAUUGAGAUCGACCCCAAGGAGAGGAAGCACUACAAAUGUCACGUGGAGCAUGACGGUCUUCUGAAUCCCCAGGAUUUCACCUGGGAGAAGCCUGUUUCCUCUGCAACAGAGAUCCUCGUGGGCAGUGUCCUAGGUGCUCUGGCUGCUGCUGUCUUGCUGGUAAUUGGGAUCCUGUUCUACACCAAAAUACGGCGGAAGGGGUACCUAGUUGCAUCAAGGAACAGCCAAGAAUGUUCCUCUUCUGGCAAUGAUAUAGUGGAAUGACUUGUGAAUGGUUACCUGGAUUGGAAACUCAUCACCUGUGUGGAGGCCACAAUUGAAACCCAGGAAGAUUCUGGACUGGCUGGCUAGAUGUGGAUCUGUGCAUCUUCAUUUUCUUCCUUCUACUUCUGUGAUUCUGGCGAUCCCCUGGGGGGUAUUUCACUGAUGCUGGAUUAAAUUUCUGUCAGUUUUGGUUUUGAUGGCGUAAGAAUCAGCAUAAAAGUGUGAUAAAGGUUACAGCCUGGAUUAUCCUUGAUUUUUGAGAAUACCUACCAGUUUUCAAGCAACAUAUGUGAUCUUCUGUAAUCUUAUUCUGACCCAGAUCCCUGUGAUCACCUCAAGGUAAAACUUGGCUGUUAUUAGAAAUACGUCUCUCAGGUUUAGCACUGUUUUUCAGGUCAAUUCCUCUUCCAUUUUAACGAGUACUGCAUUGGAAAAUAAGAAUAUCAAAUUCAGGGGGAACUUGUAUGAAAAUUGUAUGGAAACUGUAUAUAAGAGUUGAGACUGCGGCAUGGGUUCUUUCCUUCCACCUCUGGUCCUUGAACAAAUAAUGUAAAAUAAAUGUGUGUGUAUGUGUGUGUGUGAGAGAGGGGGGGAUGUGGUGGGUUGCUAACCGGUUUACUAAUGGUUUGCUCAUGUUUGCGCCUGUGCUCAUGUCCGCGUGCAAUGCUUCUGCGCAUGCACAGUAGAUUCUGCACAUGCGCAGAAGCGUCCGGGCGGAUGGGUGUAGCCUCCCGCCACCCCCACUACCAGUUCGGUCGAACCGGACCGAACCGGGAGCUACCCACCUCUGGGGGGGAGGGAGAGAAAGGGGAGAGAGAGAAUUGGUCUAUUCUUAUACCUCAGUAUUUAAGAAAAAGAUGAAAGAAUUUUAGGUUCCUCUCUUACUUCAAGAUACGGUUUAGAUAGAAGUGAUCUAUUUAUUUCUUAAUAAAUCCAGUUUUUACUGCAAAAACAA